GAAUUAUCAUAAAAGACAGAGUCCUCAAAAAUGCUCGAGCAAUUUGAUAGAUGUUUAAAAAGUGUAAACCUUUAUUUAAAGUUUCUCGGUUUGCAUCUGGAGAGUAAAGACACGAACAGAACUUUUGUCGAACGUUCUCGAAGCCACCGACUUUAUUUCGCACACCUUUUCUCUUUGAACCUUGAGGUUGUCGCCCAAGUGCUCUGGGUUUUAGAAGCCGUCAUCACAGGAAAAAGUUUUGUGGAAAUAACACGUUUGAUACCCUGCCUUAUUCUUUGCUUAAUAAGUAACUUUAAAACUUUAUCGCUGUUAUACUACGGUCGACAUAACAAUGAAUUCAUUGUUACUAUGAGAAGUUUGUUGUUGAACCAAAUGCAAGUUGAAGAAAAGGAACAUCGCUUCAGAAAGAACUUAAUUGACAAACAUGUUUUGAUACUAACAAGUAUUUCAAAAAAGAUAAGUUACGUGAUUGUAUUGGGUUUGUUAAUGUUCGCUUUGGCCCCUGCCUUUAUUAUUAUACCGCAUUAUUUUAAAACCGAUGAAGUUAAGUUGGAAAUGCCGUUCAUAGCUUAUUAUCCGUUCAAUGAAUUUGAUUUACGGAUUUAUCCUUGGGUAUACUUCCAUCAAGUAUACUCAGCAGUAAUUGCCAUGAUCAUGGUAUACGGACCCGACUGCUUUUUCUUCACUUGCUGUACCUUUAUUCACAUACAGUUUUCACUACUAAAUAACGACAUGGAGAGAAUUGUCACUGAAGAAACACCUAGAUACGAUAAAACAAAAUUCAAAAAGCUUGCUGUUCGCCACAUUGAAUUGAUGCGGUGUGUCAAUUUGCUCGAGAAGAUAUUUUCAAAAUCGAUAUUAUUCAACGCAUUGACUAGUUCAGUUAUUAUAUGUGUUACUGGAUUUAACGUUUUGGUGGUUGAUAAUAUUGUGAUGAUGGCAUCUUUCACAGCGUUUUUAAUUUUCGGCUUGAUGCAAAUAUUCUUGUAUUGCUAUUAUGGCGAUACUAUAAUGAGAUCUAGCAUGGAAGUAAGCACCUCCAUUUAUAACAGUCUAUGGUACAAUAUACCUGCAGCAGACAGGAAGGGAUUUCUCAUAGCUAUCAUCAGAGCUCAAAAACCCUGUGCAUUAACGGCGAACGGAUUUUUCAAAAUGAAUUUGUCGGCUUUUGCCAGUAUAUUGAGUAAGUCGUGGUCUUACUUCGCUCUUCUGAAAACUAUGUAUCACCCUGAAUGAGAAGAUUUACUAUGCUUAGCAAGUUUUAAUUAAACACUUAAGAUUUAUAGCGCACGUAUACAGCACUAUUUGUAAUUAGAUGAAGUAAAUAAAUGUUUCAGAUA